AUGAAAUGGAAAAUUGUUCUAAGUACAUAAUGUAGUAGCAGAGGAUCAAAGUACGUGAUAACGGUAAAUUGUAUAAUUGCACAGUCGCCAACGCCACCGCCGCCAGCCGCCUGCGCCUGGCGCACCGCACACCAAAUCUAGUUAUACGGCGCCUGCUCUAUGUAUCUUUCAUCUCUACAACAACAACUGCCAACUUAAAAGAUGCGACCAUAAUUAAAAAUCAUUUAGUCUCUUAAUUUCUGCCAACGUUGCAUAUCAAUAUUAGUUUACGUGCUGAAUCUCAGCUCAGCUCAGCUAAGCUUGAUCCCUUGCGAUUAAAGCGAAAUUUUUUUCAAAAUUACGAGUAAAUUCCUCCGAUCGUUUAGUGCGGUAGCGGUUUUUGAAUAACUCGAAUAUGCCGGCAUCCAAUAAUCGCGGUGAUAGAGACGAUAUUCGGUUAAGUGAAAAAUCCAUCGAAAUGGACAGUGCCAAACCGAUAGUCUUGCGCCGAUCGGUCAGUUCAGGACAUAUAAUUACUCCUUCGGUGGCCCAUCCGACACGGCGCAGCUUCACGACAUCCUUCAUGAGGAUUCCGGAGGAUCGUGAAAUAAAUAUAGUGCGUCCAACGGGCAGAGAAGAUCUUAACGUUAACUCAGUUCAACUUCAAAGUGGAACCUCGUCGUCGGUGGUUAUGUUUUGGAGUUCUCCAGUGGGGAGCUUGAUUCUGUGGUGGCCCACCCUGAUGAUCGCUCUGACAUUGAGUAUCCUGAGGCGCGUUCUGCAAGUGUUUAUGUUUGUUCCAUUGAUGAUUGCCGCUCCCAGUUUCUGGCUUUCGGCUUUGCUUUGGAUAUUCUGGAAGGUAAUGCGUAUUCCAAUUUCAAUACUCAAAUGGAUCCUCAGUUCAACGGCCGAAGAUUUAAUCGGUAACAAUGCAGCAUCGGUCACAAAUAGAAGCGAUAAACGCACAGUGCUUAUCAGCUGUGGCAGCACAAUACAAACACUUCACAUGGCUCGGAACUUGUAUUCGUCUGGAGCCAGAGUUAUCGUUUUCGAAUUCGAGGGACACUUUGGACUGGCUCGAUUCUCGACUGCGGUACACAAAUUCUACUCCGUUCCCAAGCCAACGGCGGAUAACCCGGAUAGCUAUAUUGCCGCUCUAUGCAACAUUGUCGACAAAGAGAAGCCAUCCUAUUAUGUGCCCGUUUGUGCAACAAGUCCGGCCUAUUACGAUGCUCUGGCUAAGCCCCAUUUGGAAUUGCUCGGUUGCGCCACAUUCUUGCCGAGUUUACAAGAAAAUGUUGCUAUAGAUGACUCGCUGAAGUUUUUCCAGAAAUGCCGAACAAGUGGAAUACCUUUGCCCGCUUUCAAGGUCCUAUCCUCUAAGGAGGAUCUGUUUCUGUUGUACGAGAGCGGCUUUAUUGCAGCAUUCCGGAAUAUCAUGAUGGCGGUGGGAAUGCAAGGACUCCUGGAACGUUUCAAAUAUGUCGUGCCCAAUAACAGACGCGACUUCAAAUUCAAUCAUGAAAUCAGUGAAAAGUGUCAGUGGCUGAUUGUGCGAGACAUUCCCGGAGACCACUAUGUCACUUGUACGACUGUUAAGGACUCGAAAGUCAUAGCAAACGCCUCGUGUGUCGUCGAGCCCGAAACAAAGAAUCUUAUUCCAAAGUACAGCAAAGGCAUUGAGAUUUGGAUUAAGGAGUUUUUCGCACGGACAAGAAGUCAGAGACCCAUAAAUGGACACAUAAGCUUUCGGUUGGUCAAGAGCCAGGCUACCGGGGAAUUUCUGCCUCUCGGUGCUAGGGUAGGUGUUUCACUGCCAUACAUUUGCUAUAGCGGAACACAUGCUAAGGUACUUUGCAAGCCCUGUUCACACAAUAACCAAACCCAUUCCUUACUCGACGAUGGUGGGCUCUUCUGGACAAAUGAAAACCAUAAAACUUCAUCGAUUGAUGCUAUUAGCAGGAGACUGUUGGGUAGUAUUCUAGACAAACGCGAAGCGCUUUUCGCUUACUGGGAUCCGUUGCCAUAUUGCGCCUACUAUCACUUUCAGUUGCCGCUGGCUUCAGUGAAGACAUUUCUGCAAAAACGCCAGAACACACCGAAGAAGAUUCCAACGGCCAUAGCAUCGCCUGUAAAUUAAUCAAAUAUAAUUUUGUUUGAAGAGAUAUACAAGACGCGAGGAGAGAGAUCUAUAGACUUUUUUGAUAAGCAAAUACAGGGGUAGCUGGUAUCAGUCAGAUUGAUAAUUAUUAAUUUAAGUUAAGUUAAUAUCUUGUUGUUAUUUUUAUAAAAUUAUUAUUAAUAAAAUAAUACAUAUUGUGUAUGUAGAAGUAGUUGUAAACCUUAUCUGUUAAUCACGAAUAGAAAAUAGAAAUUUAUGCAUGUAUAGUCAUUAAAUGUACUCAAUAAAAACAAAAUAUAAUAAAAAUAUAGUUAUGAAAUAAUGUA